AUGAACGAGCAUCUUGCCCGGGACCCAAGUCAGGCGGGCGACUCCUCUCCAGGUCCCGAGAACACGCUGGAAGUCGUUUCCGGUGGCUGUCAUCCUGCCCCAUCCAAAUCAAGCUCUGCGCUUUCUGCCAAACUCCGCCGGCAGAAGGCUAAGGUGGUCACGGCUCUCAAAUCACUGACCAACAGUUCCUCGGAGCAGCUCGUCGCCGUAGAGCAACCCAGUCCAUCCCCCGGGGAGCACGAAACGAAGUCCACCUUGAUAUAUGGCAUCCACAAAAUGUCCAACGCCAUAUUCCGCCCUCCCCUGGAGCCGACCGUCGUUCGCAGGACGUCACCAAAGAGCCGGCCGCUGUUGAAGGAAACCUUCCAGGAGGCAGGGACGUGGCCAGAUCCAGGUUCCGGCCCCGGUCCCACGCACACCACGACAUCCAACACCAGCUCCAGCAAAACCAGCGGCUCCAACACCAACUCGGCCAAGACAACCCAAAAGACGUCGGCGGAUUCCACGUUCAAGACACAAGACCCCAACACAUCCACUCCCAUCCCGGCCCCAACACCAACCCCAAGCAUCGCCACCGCCGAACGCGCCGCCGCCGCCAAGGUCUUCCUCGAAACACACUUCGGCAAGCUGCUCGGGCCGGGCCCGUCGCCGAGGCAGAUGCGGCAGCAGAUGCUGGAGACGGAGCUGUUUAAUCGGAAUCGGGUUGGCGGUGCUGGGGCUGGCGCUGCGGGUGGGGGCGGUGGUGGGGGUGGUGGUAAUGGUUUGGGUUUGGGGGGUGGUGGUGCGGCGGCGGCGCGGGCGAGGUUUUGGAGGCGGGAGAGUGAGUAUUUGAGGGAGAUGAGGGUUGUGAAGGCGGGGGGGUUGGGGUUGGUGAAAAUAGGGUUGGGUGCGGCUGGAGGAGCAGGGUUGUUGACCUGCCGGGGAUACCAGACGGUGAGUGUGCUGGGAAAGGGGAGCUUUGGAGUCGUGAGGCUGGUCCGCGGGCGGGCGGGCAGGGUGUACGCGAUGAAGGUUAUCCGGAAGAGCAAGAUGCUGAGGACGAGCCAGGAGGGGCACUUGCGGGCCGAGAGGGAUAUACUGGUGGCGAGCGAGGGGUCACGAUGGAUCGUACCCCUCGUGGCCAGCUUCCAGGACCUGGCGAAUCUGUAUCUGGUGAUGGAAUACAUGCCGGGCGGCGACUUCCUGAGUCUCCUGAUCCGCGAGAACGUCCUGCACGAGUCGGUGGCGCGCUUCUACGUCGCCGAGAUCGUCCUGUGCGUCGAGGCGGCGCACUCGCUCAAGUGCAUCCACCGCGAUAUCAAGCCGGACAACUUCCUCGUCUCAGCCUCGGGCCACCUCAAGAUCAGCGACUUCGGCCUGGCCUUCGACGGGCACUGGUCCCACGACGCGACCUACUACAACAGCCACCGUCGCGACCCCGAGGCCAAGAAGCGGUCCAGCGGUAUCACGGCCGCCAUCGCGAGACACGACAGGAAGAUGGGGCAUGACGGCGAGCCGUUGCUGGCCUGGCGCAACAGAUGCGGGAUCCGGCACGCGGCGAGGAGCGUUGUCGGGACCAGCCAGUACAUGGCCCCUGAGGUGAUUGAGGGGAGGAGGUACGACGCGCGGUGUGACUGGUGGAGCGUCGGUGUCAUCCUGUUCGAGUGCAUAUACGGCCAUACCCCCUUUCUGUCCGAGGACGGCCGGCACCAGACCAAGGACAACAUCUUGCGGCACCACGAGACGUUCGGGUUCCCGCCGCGCCCUACCGUGUCCCGCCGAUGCCAGCAUCUGAUGCUCUCUCUAAUCGCGGACAAGGAGUAUCGACUCUGCUCGGAGCGGUACCGCAUGAAGGAUUUAAUCACGUCGUCGUCGUCAUCCUCGUCGUCCGGGGCCGGCUGCAAGAUUCGCGACUUUGCCGGCCGCUACGUGUUUCCCUACGACGCCGAAGACAUCAAGGCGCACAAGUGGUUCCGCCACAUCCCCUGGGAGCGGCUACACGAGCUGGAGCCGCCGCUUGUGCCCAAGCUCCGCUCGGUCGAUGACACGCACUACUUCGAGGAUGGCGGGUCGGUGAGCGACGGGAGCGAGAGCGCGGCCGCAGACGACGACGCCCAAGCCAACGAUGCCAACGACGGCGCCGCCGAACGGGGCCCCAACAUCCUUUUCUCCCCGCCCGCCUCCAUCCCGGGCUGGACCGCCGCGGCCUACUACCCGCCCCCCGUCGCGCACGCCCACCCCUACCCCGACCACGUCGACGCCGCCGGCUAUCUCCAGAGCUACAACCCCAGCGACACAAACUGCUGCUACUCACCACCACCACCAACCACCAUCACCGCGGGCGCCACCCCCUUACAAUUCCUCCCGUCCCUCGAAUCCGCCGCCAGCCCGGCCCAUUUCCAGCCCACGCCCCUCAACGCCCACCAUGAAGAACAGCUCGCCUUCCUCCGCCCGCUGCGGUACGCGCUGCAGAGCCUGGCUUUGACGGUGCUGGCGACACCACCGCCGCCGCCGGCCCACAUGGACGGCGUCGACACCAAGCUGCGCGUGCUCGAGGCGUACCUGGCGCAGAUGACGCUGGCUGAUACCACCGAGGCGGAGCGCUCGUAUCUGCGGGGGUUUGUUAGGCGGUUUGGUGGUGGUGAGGGCCACGGGCAGAAAGAGCGCAGGCGGCCGCGGGAUAAGUUGUUGAGGGAUGGACGGACUCGGGCGGUUGCGAUGGAGGUGAGAAGGCGGACGGCGUUUUUGGGGUAUGAGUGGACGCGAAUGAGGGGGGGGGAAGAGGAGGAUGGGGAUGGGGGUGACCAACGUCGGCAGCAGCAAGAACAGCGGGGGGGAUUCCAGGCGUGGGGGGAUGAUGUCGCGGUUGUGCGGGCCAUGUAUAACGGUCCAUGGAGCCUGCGGUGA